AUUUCAAUAGAAACUGUCAUUGUCAAACAAUCCGAUCGAACGAAAAUAGAAAUGGGAGGACGUUUGUUUUAAUGUUUCCGCUUAGUUAUUUUCACAUCGCAAGCACAACUACACCGUCCAGUGAUAUGCACUCCACAGAGAGUUCGUUAUAAUGAGAUAAUAUUCCAUGAGCGUGAGACGCGCUUCGCACGGGAGACAGCGGCGGCGGGCCACCGCAGCGGCGCUGCGACAUGACGCGUCCCGGCCCACCCAAUGAAAACUUGCCCACGGUGAAGCUGGUGGUGGUGGGAGACGGUGGCGUGGGCAAGAGCGCCAUUACCAUCCAGUUCUUCCAGAAGCUGUUUGUCACUGACUAUGACCCCACGAUUGAGGAUUCAUACAUACAACACACCGAGGUGGACGGCCAGUGGUGCAUCCUUGAUGUGCUGGACACGGCGGGGCAGGAGGAGUUCUCGGCGAUGCGCGAGCAGUACAUGCGCAAGGGAGACGGCUUCCUGCUCGUGUACAGUGUGACGGACGCGCAGAGCUACCAGAACAUACGACACUUCCACACGCAGAUACUGCGUGUCAAGGACAGGGAGACGUAUCCGAUGUUGCUGUGUGCUAACAAGGUGGACCUGAUCCACCUGCGCGCCGUGUCGGAGGAGCAGGGCCGCGACCUGGCCCGGCAGCUGGCGGCGCCCUACAUCGAGACCAGCGCCAAAGAGCCGCCGCUCAACAUCGACAAGGCCUUCCAUGAGUUGGUGCGCAUCAUCCGACGUCACCCUCAGCAGCAGGAGAAGCAGCGCCGCCGCCGCAAGCUGCGCUCCGCCUGCACGCUGCUGUGAGCACGCACACCCGCAUACACACACACACACACACUUCAUCGAUACAUAAAUGACAGUUGCGUCGUUACUGGUUGGAAUAUGACGAUUGUUCGCUUAUAUUCUUUAUUUAUGUGAAUUGUACGGUGGUAACGAUGUUCCCAGAAACAGUUUUCACACAGUUACACAUCAGUUUCGAUAUCGCUGCUCGUUAAUUUGCACGAUACCAAAGAAGCAGUGAAUAUUGUGGGAAGUUUUAUAAAGUGAUCAUUGCCUAAUAUAACAUGCUCGUUUUGUGCAUAUUUCCGUCUCACGGGCUAUGAACCCGCGGCAUCCCUAUAAUAAGAACUCUGUGGAAGUAACCCUUGCAGUCCUGCAGUCGUCUACGAGACGAGGCGCCACACCGAUACAUAGCAUUUACUUCAGUAGCGUAACCUAAGCCACGUACUGAACAUACCCCGACAGACGUGGCACAUUUAUAUUCUAGUGAUUAUUUGUGGAGUUCCAAAUAGCAUUCCGAAAGGUAGCUAAUCGAUUAACCGUCGAAGUAUCGAUUAACCCCCGCGCGAAUCGUGACUAAUUCGAUACCAUUUCAUCUCAAUUCGAUUCAAUUAAAGAGGUUAAAGAAUUGGCUUUAAAUGGGCAAGAAUGGAAUACUACCUACAAGAGCAUAUAUUGUUUUCGAACUAUUAUUUGUGAACCCAGACCAAAGUGAACGCAUUUGGUAGUUUUUUAAGUGUUGGUAAGCUUUGGCGAUAUAUGACAUGUUUGACCAAAUUUUUGGAGUGUAAACUGCAGUCAUGUUAAAUGCUCCAAGUAAUGUUGAUUUAUAUUCGGCGGAGAUAGGACCAAGAACCAAGUCUAAAAUGACUAGAAAGAUAUACCCCCUCCCACCCUCUAGUAGUUUUCCAUUUACGAAAUUCGAUCGUUAAUUGUAGGUAACGUAUUUGUGAAUGCCGUUCGAAACGCAUCAAAUAAGUCAUAAAAGUAAUAUGUGCAGCUAAUUUGAUUAUUUGUUUAAGCCCCUAUUCAGUCAUCCAGACUCGAAUAAUGCCUGCUUGUUCCGCGUAGUAACAUAUAAUACGACUGUAACAAUAACUGAACGUACACAAACAAGGCUGAGAGCAUUAAUUAUAUUAAUGUUUGUUUCCGAAACCCUCAACUAGCUGUAACCUGUAGCCAUCGAACAAUGUAUAUCUGUACAGAGUUACGCUGUACUAUACGACGAACAAAUUGUCAACAUUUUGAAUAUUCUCUCAGCUGUAUAAGCGUCGAGUAACGUGUCGACAAGGAAUUGAAAUUUGUAUAUGUGUACCAAUAAAUAAUUAUAGUGUUAGUGUACAUUACGCUAUAGCAUAUUGAAUGUAUUGGAUGAAGUUUUUCAAAUGAGAUUUUUAUUAUAGAAUGUUGUUGGACUAGUGUGUACCCUAAACGUAACAAUAAUGACUAGUAACGGACAACCCCAUGUGUACGUACAAUGAAUUUUUGUCUAGCUUUAACUUAGUGCGAGCUGCCGGGAGUGGCAUGCGCACUGACAUACUUUAUACUUGUAAAAGAAACCAAAGUCUCACCAAAAGGACCCCAUUUACCGUCUAGGUAAAGGCCCUAAUAUAACAAUAUUAUAUUAAAAUUUUAUAAGCAUUGUUACAUGAAAUAUAUGACACGGAAGCUGCCAAAGCUACAGUAUAUUUUAUUAUUAGUAAAUUCUAUGUUAAAUUAUGUUAAUAUUAUAAAAUACCUAUUUAUCUUUUAGUACCUACCUGUACGGUCAAGAGCAUACACUUUAGUACCAUGUCACAUUAACUUUUUUGACAAAUUGAACUGUAAGUCUCACUAAUUGUCAAAUAUGUUAGUGCGAGAGGGUUCUAAAGAAGGUAUAUGAUAAUACAUAUAAUCAUGUGUAAUACAUGUAAAUAUAUUUUGAAGUUGUGGUAUAUAAGGCGUUGUAGAAGUGUUCAUUACAGUGGUUAGUAAGUGUAGCAGUUUGAUUUUGACAAAACUUCGCACAUUAAAAAGGAACUUCUGGCUUUUUUAAAUUAACUAGUUGUCGUCAUUACGCUCAAUAUUAGGUGUAUAAAGUUAAACUGCUACACUUAUCUAACGGUUUAUCUCGCCAAAUAAUUAUCUCAUUGAUAAAAAAACAGAUAUUUUCCGUAUCUUAUAUUCCAAUUAGUUCUAAAAGCUCUGUUAAAAGAAUUACUAGGUUUUUUGUCCGAUUAGUUCUGUCGAUCAGUAGUUCUGAUCUCCAUACAAAAAUUGUGGCGAUAAAAUUGUUCGUAAGAACCGGUAGCAAUGGACCGCGACCGGGUAGCGUCCCUAGAAUAUGUAGCUGUAAGAGCAUAAAUAAAUAUUAUUGUUAAUCUAUGUUUUAUAUGUUGUAGCAUACAAUAAAUGUAGACAUGUAA